AUGAGAAGGAAGAAUUGGAGACCAGAAGUAUAUUAAUUAAUUAUUUUAAACUAGGAGGAUAAGGCUUUGCUUGAAAUCUGCAAGACUUAAAAUUAUAAUUGGAGGAGAGUUUCAAAAACAAUGAUCUCCAUGGGAUAUAAAAGAUCAGGGAAAUCGUGCAAGGAGAGAUUCCAUAAUUAGUUAAACCCUGUUGUCAACAAAGAUUAAUGGACUCAAAAUGAAGUGGACAAACUUUUUGAAUUGCAAAGCAAAUAUGGUAAUCGAUGGGUAAUUAUAUUAAAUAUCCUUAAUUAGAGGAGUAUAUCUAAGGAAUUGCCAUAAAGAACAGAUGGUUUAAUCAAGAAUUAUUUUUACUCCUUGGUUCGAAAAGUUCUAAGGCGUAUUUCCAAGGCGGUUAAUGGAGAUAAAAAUGGUAAAUAAAUGUAUUUAUUAUAAAAAGGAUCCCAAAUGACUAAAACUCUUAAACCCUCUGUUAUUUCCUCAAUAUUUUGUGUUAAUCAAAAUUCAAAUAAUGGUGCCAUCAAAUUUGAAUUUGCUCAGCUCUUUCGAAAUAUUAUUCUAAAAUACAAAAAUUAUAACUUAUCCUAAUAAAUUGAUAUCGAGGACAUCGAUAAAAUUAAAUCCAUUUUUCAAACAUUACAACAAUUAAAGUACCUAUAAUAUCUAAUCUAGUGAAUCCUACAAUUACCAUAUAGAGAAGAAAAAUAUCUCCAAAAGCAGAUCCAAAAAUCUAAAAAUGAAAACCAAACUCAAUAAACUGAACAUUGACCAUGUAUCUCUAAUUGUUCUAUAUUCAAUAGAUCCUCCUCCAAAGGAUAUAGCAUAAACUUCCGAUUUUCACAAUGAAAUCAUGUCCUUUGCAAAAACUAUAUUAGAAAUUUCAAUUUCAUCAUCAUAAUACAUAUCAUCCUACACAAUUAAUGUAUUAAUCAAUUUCAUCUUUCACAUCCUAAAACAUAGACUAAAAUAACGGUUAUGGUGCCAUCUUGGUUAAACCUGAGUAAUUAUUAUUUUUUCAACCACUUCCUUCACCAUAUUAUGUAUUUUUGUUUACAAAUUUAAUAGCCCAUAAAUAUAAGCGCCUAUAUCUAACAAUAAUCAAGCAUGCAAACCUAUUAUAGCUCCUUCCUCCACCAACUCCCUGAAAUUAAAGAAGAACAAGAAACAUGA